UCCUUCUAUAAAUAUGUCUCAAACUCUCAAUUAGGGUCUUUGUAGUGUGGAGGAAAAAUUUUACAUAAGGAAGAAAAAUUAAAAAAAAUAAAAAUAAAAAUGAAGGGCGUUGUAGGGUCAUGGGCACUGGUGGUGCUGGUGAUGGUGGGGAUGUGGGCGGUGGAAAAGGCCGGUGGUGCGCCGAGUGCGGCGGAGUGCAAAGAGGAGAGGAGACUAGGUGUGAAUGCAUGCAAGCCGGUGGUUUAUGGGAAGCAACCAACAGCAGAGUGUUGCCAGAGGGUAAGAGUGAGCCAUGUUGAAUGUGUUUGCCCUGUUAUCACUAGGAAAUUGGCAGCUCUUAUCGAUCUCAACCGUGCCAUUCGCCUUAUCCAAGGUUGCGGUCGCACUGUCCCCAGGCACUUCAAGUGUGGCAGCAUCACCACACCAUGAAAGAUUGGACUUGAGUGGAUGGCUGCUGCCCUUUUCUUGGCUACUAUUUUUAUGAUUUCUCUUUAUAUAUAUAUAUAUAUAUAUAUUUUUUUUUUUUUGGGGGGUGCAAAACUUAUUAUUAGAUGUUACAAAUGGAUGGAUUAUGAAUCAUAUUUAAUUCUAGUUAGUCCCGCAAUGUGUUCUAUUGAUAUCCUAUAAUGUUCUCUAUGUGUGGCCAUGCUUUGUUUAAAAUAGAUACAUUUGGGGCUUCUUUUAUAUUGUAUAAGCUAUUGGGAUUCUAUCUUUAAUAAUAGUAUUAAAAUCACAAGUUUAUUUAUCAAA